AUGAACCUCUCAUGGAUCUCCAGAGCCGUUCGCACAAUUCCCCAAGGCCAUGUAGGUCGAGCCGAAUUUCUGCACCCCUCAAAGCGAUACGUCCAGCGACUUUUCCAGCAUACAAGUUCACGAGGUAGCAAUCUCCCGCGCCUGGCCCAACCGUCUGUGUGGGACUCGAUUAUUCCAAAGGGACUGCGCCGAACCCACGCCUCAAGAGAUGGGAAGAAAAAAGCGACCAAUCCCGCGACUUAUUUUAUCUGGAUAUACAUUCUGAUCGGAUCACAAGCGAUUCGCAUUAUGGGAACAAAGAAUGAUUUUGUAACAUUCACGCGGAAAGCCGAUAUCAAGAUUGCGCAACUGAGGGAGGUCGUCGAGAAACUGCAACAAGGUCAGGAUGUCGAUGUUGAAAAGGUGCUCGGCUCCGGUGCUGAAGCUCAAGAGCUAGAGUGGGAGGAAGCACUUCGAGAACUACAGGAACAGGAUCGUAUAUGGCAAAACAAUGCAAAGAAAAGUCGAGAAGAGAGGGAGCGUCUUGCAAGAGAAGAACAGGAUGCAAAUCCUGUAAGCAGUUCGGUUGACAAAACACAAGGAGCCGAAGCGCCUUCAGUGAUACCCCCACACAUUCCUCCUCCACGGCCAGGCUUUUAUUGA